CAAUAACACAGAAGUAUCCGCUUUCUUCUUCUAAGAUCUGAGGCUCCUAAUUAUUUAGGGUUGCAUUUAGAGAAGAAGAAGAAGAAGAGAAAUUGGGAGAAAUGAAGAUUAUUGAACUAUUUAUUGCGGCAUGGAUUCCGGUUCUGAAGAUGCUCAUUGUAACCGGCGUUGGAUCAUUUAUAGCUCUUCCUUCCAUUGGUGUCUUAACUGAGGAAGCCAGAAAAAACAUAAACGCGGUUGUAUAUUUUGUACUAAACCCUUCACUUGUGACAAACAAUUUAUCCUCCACUUUCACUUUGAAAAGUGUGGCUUCAACAUGGUUUAUGCCUAUCAACAUUCUUCUUACCUUCAUUAUUGGUUCAGCAUUUGGAUGGAUAUUUAACAAAAUUAGCAAUGUUCCUUCCAAUUUAAGAGGCCUUAUUAUUGGUUGUUGUGCUUCAGGAAAUCUGGGUGUCAUGCUUCACAUUGUGAUUCCAGCUACUUGUAAAGAAAGUGGAAGACCAUUUGGUAACCCAGACUCAUGCACUUCCCAGGCUUUGGCCUACGCUUCACUGUCCAUGGGCAUAGGCGAUAUGAUCUUUUGGUCAUAUGUCUACAACGCCGUGAGAUUAUCAAUGGGAUUUGAAGAAGAAAAGAUGAAGAUCAUCCAACAAGAAUCAUCAUCACCAAUGUCUAUAGAGGAAGGGACGACAACAACUCGUGAAAAUGACUCCGUUUGGUUUGAUACUAAAGACUCAUUUUCUACUAAUGGUGAAAUUAUUCAAGAAACCUCAGGCACCAAUUUUAGCGAGCCUUCAACAAAUAGCAAGGUCCAAUCAUUAAUGAAAAUGACAAAAUCACUCUCCGAGAGGCCAGCGGUCAUAGCAUUGAGGAGGUUGUUUACCCCAUCAAUAUUUGGAGCGAUUAUUGGACUUACAUUUGGGGUCGUUUCUCCUUUCCGAAGGGCACUAGUAGGUGAAAAUGCACCUCUUCGUUCCCUUCAAGGUGCCCUUAGUUUGUUGGGUGAUGGAGCUGUUCCUGCAACUACUUUAAUAAUGGGAGGAAAUCUUGUCAAAGGUAUGUCAAAAACCACCUCCCCCCUUUCCAAUAUCAAAAUUUCAGCCAUUGUUGGUGUAGUAAUUGUUCGAUUUCUUCUUUUGCCUUUAACGGGUGUUUGUAUAAUUAAAGGAGCAAUUCAUUUUGGCAUUCUUCACCCAGAUCCACUCUAUCAUUUUGUUUUGUUGGUGCAAUAUGCUCUUCCACCUGCAAUGAAUAUGGGUGUGAUCUAUCAACUCUUUGGUGUUGGAGAAAGUGAAUGCUCAGUCAUAUUCUUUUGGGCAUAUGCUUUAACUUUACUAUUAUUUCCUCUAUGGUCCGCAUUUUUCAUGUGGCUAGCAAUUUAA